UCUCUGAACUUCCAUCUUCAUGAGCCGUGUAAGGCCCAAUAAUGUUAGAAGAAUAGUCGUGUAAGGAGGAUAGCAGGGGAAUACGAAUGGAGGGACAUUUUAAAAGAGUCGUGUAAGAUUUGCCGACUCGAAUUCUGUUGUGCAGAGGCAUACAAAUGGAAUUUCAGCUGUGUACAAUUCUACUUGUGAUGGGUAGCAUUUUGGAAGGAGGCUGUGCUUUGGGAAUUGGUGGGCACACUGGAAUGCUCAGGAAGAACCGACAGCGGGGUACUUCCCUGGAGGAAUUAACGAGAUCCUAUGUUUCAAAUUCUGGAUCAUACCAGGCAUACAACUAUACCCAAAUUCUGGAUCAUUUUGGGUACACACCAGAGAGCUAUCAAACCUUUCCCCAGCGAUAUUUCAUGAAGAAGUCAAACUGGGGGGGCGCUCAAAACAAUUCUCCCAUAUUUAUAUGGUUGGGUGCGGAAGGAGACAUUACAUCCGACUUGGGCGUGGGCAUCCUGGUAGAUCAGGCUCCUAAUUUCAAAGCUCUUGUGGUCUACAUAGAGCACCGUUAUUAUGGGACAUCAAUGCCAUUCGGGGGAAGGGACAAGGCGUAUGCAAAUUCGAGCACAAUGGGUUAUUUCACAUCCGCACAGGCCUUAGCUGAUUAUGCAACCAUAAUUGUAGAUUUGAAGAAAACAUUAACCGCUGAGAAUUGUCCAGUUGUAGUUUUUGGUGGAUCCUAUGGUGGGAUGCUUGCUGCAUGGUUUCGGCUCAAGUAUCCACACCUAACAAUUGGGGCCCUCGCAUCUUCUGCUCCUAUCCUUUACUUCGACGACAUAACUCCCACUUUUGGUUACGGCAGUGUUGUCACCAAAGAUUUCAGAAAUGUAAGCGAGAUUUGCUACAGAAGAAUUAAUGAAUCGUGGGCCAUGAUGGACAAAAUUGCGUCUAGCCCUCAAGGCUUGCUAAACCUAAGCAAACUAUUCAACACUUGCGAAAAUAUUACAGAUAAGGAAGCCUUCUACGAUGUGCUUGAAUUAAUGUAUGAUGGCGCAGCACAGUACGAUUUCGCACAAGUCGAAGGAAUAUGCAACGCCAUGAAUAGCCUACCGGGAGAUAAAGACACUGUUAGCAGAAUAGCCGCUGCAGCAAAUUACGUAAACGAAGUCGACUGUUUCAAUUUGACGAUCCACAGUAAUUCUGGAUGGGAGUGGCAGAGUUGUACUGAAAUGGUGUUUCCAAUAAGCAAUCCUCCUGGAACGACAAUGUUACGGCCCUCCCUAUUUGACAUCAAGUCCUACGCCAGGGAUUGCUACCUUCAAUACGGAGUCUUGCCACGCCAACACUGGGCAACAACUCAAUUUGGAGGACACGACAUAAAAAGAGUGUUGAAAGAUUUUGGAAGCAAUAUUAUUUUCUCGAACGGGUUAAGAGAUCCAUAUAGCAGUGGAGGUGUCUUGUUCAAUAUAUCUGAAAGCAUUGUAGCCCUCGUCACCGAAGAAGGAACGCAUUGCGAAGAUGUUGUAUAUCUAAGUGCUAGUGAACAUCCAGUCUGGCUGAAAGAACAAAGACUAAAAGAGAUAAUGAUCAUCCGAAAAUGGAUUAAUGAUUACAAAUUUAGUUUAUAAAGGGAGCCAAACAUCUAGACAUUCAAAAGAGUCCAAUUCGUUUAUGGUAUCAUUCCACAAUUCUAUAUGGUGAAUGUAAGAGUAUAUGCAAUAUGACACCUUAUAACCUUGUAGUUAAUGUAAACAAUCAACGUAUGUAGUGCACCCUUGAAGACUAAUUACCAUUUUGUGUCU